AAGGAUAUAGCAAAAAUUUGGCUAAAUUUCGCAUAUAAUCUAUAUUAUAAAAGUCCUAAAUUUUGUUAAAAAAAGCAUUCAUUCGAAUUAUAUAUUUAUACUAUAAGCCCAAAAUGGAUGAAAGACGUUCGAUCAAAUUUGAAAAGUUGGAAGUGUUGAAGAAUGGUAUCAACCCAGUUACGAAUAAUAUGAUGUCCAAGCGAUUAAGUUCCAAAACGAUAGCAAGAAAAAGUAUCGACUUGAUGACACUUAAAAACGAAUUGGAAAUGGAUGAACAUAUAAUAUCUUUAGAGGAUCUAUGCUCACGUUUGCAAAGCAACACGAAACGGGGUUUGAGUUCGAUUCAAGCUGCUUCUAUAUUAGCAAGGGAUGGUCCUAAUUCCUUGACACCCCCAAAAAAGGAAUCUGAAUGGCUGAAGUUAAGUAAACAAUUAUUCGGAGGGUUUUGUGGAUUAUUGUGGGCAGGAGCUAUCCUCUGUUUUAUAGCAUAUUUUAUACAAACUCAAACCUACACAAAUUUUACCAAAGAUAAUCUUUAUUUAGGUAUAGUUUUGAUGCUAGUGGUAUUAAUCACAGGUUGCUUUUCUUAUUACCAAGAAGCUAAAAGUGCAAGAAUUAUGGAAUCUUUUGCAAAAAUGAUCCCUUUGUUCGCGCAUGUAUUUAGAGAUGGCGAGAAAAUUGAUGUAAAAUCAGAAGAGCUAGUUUUGGGAGAUUUGAUCGAGGUGACUUAUGGAGAUAUUGUUCCAGCAGAUAUCAGAAUAAUCAAAUGCAGAAGUUUUAAAGUAGAUAAUUCUUCAUUGACGGGAGAAUCCGAGCCACAGUCCAGGAAUGCCGAAACUAUUCCAUCUCUACCCCUGGAAGCCAAAAAUAUUGCAUUUUUUUCAACAAAUGCUGUUGAAGGUAAUGCUACUGGAAUUGUAAUAGCCACUGGGGAUAGAACUGUAAUGGGUAAGAUAGCUAAUCUUGUUUCAAACAUAGAUAUGAAUUCAACACCUUUGCACAGAGAAAUUGACAGAUUUAUUUUGCUGAUAACCGCGGUAGCUCUCUUUUUGGGGAUUUCAUUUUUCUUUAUCGCCAUUUUCAAUGGAUACACUUGGUUGGACUCUGUAAUAUUUUUGAUCGGAAUUAUCGUAGCUAAUGUCCCAGAAGGGCUUUUGGCCACUGUAACGGUAUGUUUGACCAUAACUGCCAAACGUAUGGCACAUAAAAAUUGUCUGGUUAAAAAUUUAGAAGCAGUUGAAACAUUAGGGUCAACCUCAACUAUAUGUACGGAUAAAACAGGCACCCUCACUCAAAAUCGAAUGACUGUUGCUCAUCUGUGGUAUGAUGAUCAAGAUAUUAAAAAAGUCGAGACUUCUGGAACAUCUCCAUGCUCAAAACUUGAUUGCACAAACCAAACAUUUUUGGCUUUAACCCGAGUUGCCAGCUUCUGUAACCGAGCUGUUUUUAAGCCUAAUCAAUUUGGUCCUAUUCUGCAAAGAGAAUGCACUGGAGACGCUUCUGAAUCUGCCUUGUUAAAAUUUGUUGAAAUGACUUUCGGAGCUAUUGAUAUAAGUAGAGAAAUAAAUAGAAAAGUGGCGGAAAUUCCAUUUAAUUCAACAAAUAAAUAUCAAGUAUCCAUUCACGAUAUCAAAGGAGACAAUCGUUAUUUGUUAGUGAUGAAAGGUGCGCCUGAAAAAAUUUUAGACUCUUGCAAAACUAUUAUGAUUAACGGCGAAGAUGUAGAAUUGAAGGCUGAGAUAAUAGAAAAUUUUAACAAAGCAUACUCAUUGUUAGGAGGUAGGGGGGAAAGAGUUUUGGGUUUCUGCGACAUGUGGUUAGACCCUAAUGUUUAUAGUAAAUCGGGGCCAGAAAAAUUUGAAUUCAAUUCUGAGGAUCCUAACUUUCCACUAAAGGGACUAAGGUUUUUGGGACUUGUAUCAAUGAUCGAUCCUCCACGACCAACCGUUCCUGAUGCAGUAGCUAAAUGUAGGGACGCGGGUAUUAAAGUUGUGAUGAUAACAGGUGAUCAUCCUAUCACAGCCAAAGCUAUCGCCAAAAUUGUCGGUAUAAUAAGUGAAGGUAGUGAAAUUACCGACGUUACCUCGAAAGACAAUAUGCUAAACGUUCCCGUUGGUCCGGGAUCCAAGGCAUGUGUCAUUCAUGGGAACAUAUUAAGGGAUAUGAGUGAAGAGGACAUCGAUUCUUUCAUUAUAACUUUCGAUGAGAUUGUAUUUGCACGUACAUCCCCCCAACAGAAAUUGAAGAUCGUCGAGGGGUUUCAACGGCAAGGAGCUAUAGUUGCCGUGACGGGGGAUGGAGUUAAUGACUCACCUGCUUUGAGAAAAGCGGAUAUAGGAAUUGCAAUGGGAAUAGCGGGGAGCGAUGUCAGCAAACAAGCUGCAGAUAUGAUACUUUUGGAUGAUAAUUUUGCAUCUAUAGUAAUAGGAGUUGAAGAGGGGAGGAUCAUAUUCGACAAUUUAAAAAAAUCCAUAGCUUACACCCUGACUAGCAAUAUACCUGAAAUAGCUCCUUUCUUAUUUUAUAUACUGAUAAAUAUACCUCUGCCCCUUGGAACGGUAGCCAUACUCUGCAUAGAUUUGGGGACGGAUAUGGUCCCCGCAAUAUCUUUGGCCUACGAGAAAGCAGAAUCUGACAUAAUGAAAAGGAAACCCAGAAAUGCUAAAAAGGACAAAUUGGUUAACGAAAGACUUAUAGGCGUUGCAUAUGGACAAGUCGGGGUGAUUCAAGCCGCAGCAGGGUUCUUUACUUAUAUUAUAAUUAUGGGAGAAAAUGGUUUUAGGCCUUACGAUUUAUUAGGACUUAGAACUUCGUGGGAAAGUGCAGCUUACAAUGAUUUACCUGAUUCUUAUGGACAAGAAUGGACAUACGCCGACAGAAAAAGACUUGAAUACACAACUUAUACAGCAUUUUUCGUUACAAUCGUUGUAGUGCAAUGGGCAGACUUGAUUAUUUGUAAAACAAGAAGACUUUCUAUUAUUCAUCAAGGAAUGGGAAAUUGGGUGCUAAAUUUUGGACUAGUAUUCGAAACUUGUAUUGCCGCAGGGUUAUGUUAUAUCCCAGGAACUGACGUAUGGCUAAGAAUGUAUCCUUUAAAAUUUAUAUGGUGGCUGCCUGGUUUACCGUUUAGUUUAUUAAUUUUUGUGUACGAUGAAGCCCGACGAUAUACAUUGAGAAAUAAUCCUGGUUGUUACAUAGAAAAAGAGACUUACUAUUAAAUAAUCCAUUCCUAUCAUAAUAUAUAGAUACUAUGAUAAUAAUGAUAAUUUUAUAUGUAUCGUUUAUAAAUUUAUAUGAAAAAUCAUCAGAAUGUAAAUGCAUUUGCAAUGUAUUAUUCCAAAGUCCCAUAAUAAUAGCAAAACAUUUAAUAAAACAUUUACGAAUA